AUGGCUAACGACGGCACAGUAAGUUCUUCCGGCCCCUCUGCUGUGACAGUCCUGACCUCCAAUAUGCAGGCCUCACCCGUCUCACCACUCCAACCCUCCGACGGACCGCCCGAAUCUCCCACCACUGCACGCCCGUUAGAUUUCGACAGCGACCAAGAAACAGGGACUGUGACGCCAACCACAUUAUCCAAGACUGAAGCUUCUCUUCCCAAACCUCCUUCCAGAGAUGAACCUGCUCCUCCACCAAAACCACCCCGACCAAUGAGUCCCCGCGAACAAGCGGAGAACACUUUGAAAGAAGCCUUCCCCUCUGUCGAUGCGAAUGUCGUACGGGCAGUUCUCACAGCAAGUGGAGGAAACCUGGAGCCCGCCUUCAAUGCCUUGCUAGGCAUGACAGAUCCUGACUCCCAACGAGAGCCCGAUCCUCCUGCCAAACCUCCUCGACCUACCCAACAAGGCUCCCACACAUCUGCCAAACUCAGUCAAUUAGAAGCGGACGAACUGUAUGCGAGGCAAUUGGCUGAACAUUACAGUGGUGCGGAUGGACUGCAACAACGACGUCGGGGAUCCGGGGGAAGAUAUAAUGAAGGUUUACAAGGGUCAAGACCAGGCCGGCCCGGAGCCAAUCCUAAUCCUGAUGAUGUUCCAUGGCGAAGUUUCAUCGAUGACGAUCUCCCCGAAAUCCGCGAUAACAUUCGUAAGGGCUUUGUCGAGACACAAAAAACUGUGAACAGUUGGAUCUCGGCGUUCAAGAAGAAAAUUGACGGUGAAGAUGAAGAUUCGGAGUUCAACCAACAAUCAUCCCAAGACUACGGAGGAGGUUAUUCACAAUCGCAGUCAAUGCCUGGUCGCCGCAGUGCCGACAUGCGACGAAGCGCGGACUUGCAACGCUAUGACGCCGACAUGCAACCCAUCGGGGAUGACUUUUCGAAAUUAGAACUACGAGACGGAGAGGCGCCGCCACGCACAUCGAGCCGCCCGCUGGCGAACCCGAAUUUGUUCCGAUCAGGAGCUACGGGCCCGGAACGACGCCCAUCACCGGGCACAAACCGCAAGGUGUCCUUCCAAGAUGGACCACCCGAGGAGAUCAAAGAUAUGUAUUCAGCAUCCCCUAAACCAGGGCCGGUGACCGCGGCCGCCGCAGCGCCAGGGAAACCCAACAAAUGGCAGCCGUUGGCUACAGUUGACCCGAGCCCCGUUACGGACAAUGACCCGUUCAGUCUCGGCGACAGUGACGAGGAGAAAGACGCUAAGAUGAUCACGCUGAAAGACGACGAGGCCAAAGAUGCAGCCGACGACAAGAAAGCCAAAGUCGAAGACACAAAGGCCGACGAAGACGAGCCGGUUAAGAAAGUCACGGAUCAAGCGAUGAAGGAGAGUAGGGGAAGCGAUUCCAAAUGA